CGCAGGCGUACAUUGUUUUGAAACCCAAGAUGGCGGAAGGCGGAAGAAAAAUUGUGUUUCUGUGCAGUUUGAUGCUGUUUUUCCACCAAACGAGCUGUUUUCUUCACAUCGAUGAGCUGAACGAGAUGAAAUAUGGGAUCGAGAUUCAAAAUACGCCAGUAGAAAGGACUGAGGCGUUACUGCCGGAUGUUUUGUACGUGGCAUCUAAGUACGGGCAGGAGUACCAGUGUGUGCUGCCCAAGGUGUCAGGUCAGGGGGAGGGGGAGGAGGCACAGGAGGAGGAGAACCAACAGAACCUCAACAUCUCCUACCUCCUCGCACCCAUGGCAAAGGCACCAUGUCUCACCAAGGAGAAGGACUGGUGGACGUAUGAGUUCUGUUAUGGAAAGAACAUUAGACAGUACCAUCUGGAAGAAGGUGAAAUUAAAGGUGACAUCUACUACAUCGGCUUUUACGAGUCGGACAAAAACUGGACCAACACUUCCAAUGAGGCUGCCGGCAGCCAUCGCCUGCAGCGUUAUCACAGUCAGAAGUACGUUAACGGGACGACCUGUGACCUCACAGGGCACUACCGGCAGGCGGAGGUCAGGUUCUUGUGUGAGGAGGGGAUGGGAGAUUACAUUAAUCGCGUGGACGAGCCGUCGUCGUGUAACUACAUCAUCACGGUCCACACGACAAAAAUCUGCCACCACCCCUACCUGAAACCCCUGCAGAGCCACAAGCCUCAGCCAAUCAUGUGCAACCCUGUCCUGCCUCACGAGCAGUUUCUGGAGUACCUCAGAAUACAGGAAGAAAGUGAACUCAGACAGAAAGCUAAAAUUGCUGAACUAAAAAGGAAACUCCAGGAGAAGAAGGCAACACUGGAGAAGGAAAAGGAAAGGGAGGAGCAAAAACUGAAAGAAAACCUCGCCAAGAUUGGAACAGACAGAAGAAAAGAGCUGGAAACGGAGAACAUAGAUGACCCAGCAACGAACAGUGUAGAUACAGAGCUGGAAAUAUCCAGAACUCCAGGAACCAAUGAGAUUCCAGAUAGCAUGGAUUCCAUGGAGACGGAGGAUGCUGUUGUCAUGGAGACGGGAAGUAUGGAUGAGAUGCAGAAGGGUGAAGGUCUGGGGCGUGGCAGUGUGAACGUUGCCGUGGCAACAAGGGAGGAUGAAGAAGAUGAUGAUGAUGAUGAGGAUGAGGAGAUGGACACUGAAAAGGAAGAAGAGGAAGAUGAAAAAGAAGACAGUGACCUGAUGGAGUCUUUAGAGUUGAAGGAACUGAACAAAGCCCUGAGAAAACUGCAGAAGACCCUGGUGGAGGCCCUGGAGAAGGGAGUGAAGGAGGCUGAGGAGGCUGGGGCAGACAUCAACAUGGAAGACGUUGACCAGAAGAUAGACAGUCUGAACCUUGCCGACUCGGUGGACACGGGAGACCUGAGGAAGGUGGUGAAGGAAGUUGUGCAGGAACGGCUGCAGAAGCAAGAACCUUCCCAGGAUGCCAUGGGGCAGGAAACUCAGAACGACAACACAUUAAGAUACACCUCUGGGCAGGAGGAGAACAUGGCUGACGGUACAGAAGAUGAUGAUGAUGAUGAUGUAGAUGAAGAUGAAGAUGAGGAGGAAGAUGAAGAGGAUGAAGACUUUGUGAAGGAGUUUGAAGAAGAACUUGACAGCCUGACACACAGAUCCAGGCUGUCUAAAAUGACAGAGAAAGUCCGGCAGGAGAUGACCCAGCAGUUCGAUGACAUCAUAGAUGAGGCUGAGGAAGAACUGUACUCAGAAGAGGGCACAGACCCCGGGGUGGAUCGCAGCGAUGCGGCCAGGAAACUGGCAAACACCCUGAACAAACUACUGGAGAAAAUGGAGCAGAAAAGUACAACAGAGACAAAGGGGGAGGGGGGCAAGGUGGAUGCUCUAGAAGAGGAGGAGGAAGAGGAAGAUGAAGAACCCCCCUUCACCACCCCUCCCCCCAAACAGGACCUGAGGAGCAGGGACCAGGUCAAAGUUCGCGUCACCAAGAUUCAGCUGGGCGACAAGGAGCGGCUGCAGGAGAACAGAGGGCAUGAUGGGAUAUCUGCACAGGACCGCAGGAAGAUGGAGGAAACCGUGAAGGAAGAGCUGGAGAAGGCUGGGAUGAAGACACAAGGGAAUAUUGAAGUGAAGAUCAUCACCACUGGUUAUUAUGGUGAUGAUGAUGAUGUCCAUCUACUGGGAGAUGAAGAGACGUCAUACUUUAGAGAAAUGAUAGUAACAAUGCUGAUGGGAGGGGAGGAGGCUCUGGCAGAACAGAGAAGACAACAACAGUUAGAGGAGAACUACAGAUUUAAGUUCACUCCCGCAUCAAAAGAAGUUCUCUCAGAAACUGAACACACCAGACCAGAAACCGACGACACAGAAAAAUAGCCCUAGCUACCAGAGUACCAUCCAAAAAUUUUGUAUAUUAAAAAAUGUUCGUGAUGGACAUGUUGGUAUAUAUUGUAUAUGUUGGUCUUCAGUAAAGCCUUGGUCACAACCCGCCGUACGUGCUUUUUCUCCGUACGUUUUUUGGGAAG